UAGUCAUAUAUUUUUCAGAAAAUAAAUUCUGCCAUGUUAGAUCAAAUAUUAAAAUAUCCUUUUAAUCAGAAGGUAAAUUGAAAGUAGCCAAUACGAUGAUUGGUAUCCAUGAUUGUCAGCCACAUGAAAACGCUGCUUAAUCCUAGACGGGAGCAGUAAGUGCCUGAUGCCUUUUUUAACGCGAGCAUGUGAACGGACCUCGAGACUCAGACUUUUCGAUUCGGAACAUUUUGUGAAAAUUAACAUACGCAGCAAAGACAAUUGCAGAGGUAGAAUUUUACUUCCGAUAACGCGAUCGUGCGCUCGUUUAUGGGAAGUUUUUGAUGAACGCGUGGUUCGUUCGUCGCCGCUUGUCGUUUUCACCGAUCAUUCGGUCGUUCUUGCCUCUGCCUGCUGCCGCGAAUGUGGAUGCUUCACGGUGUGCUGUACUGCUGCUGCCGCCGCUGUGCGUUUGAUGUGCUCGCCACGGCUGAUUGCCCCCGGAUUUUGAAGAGUCUUUCACAUUUGUGAACGGUUUGGAACUGGUUCGUUAUUGUACCAGACCCCGCCGUGAUUGUCACUUGAUAGCAACACCCGAGGCGCCAAAGCUGUCCGCAUCGGCGCUUUCUUCAGCCCAAGUGGUAUCAAUGUUGUCUGGCAAUGGUGUGUAAGGAGAACGUGGUAUCAUGGUUUGGGAAUCUGUCCAGUUAUAAACGCAUCGAUGUCAUGUGCACGUUAUUAAACAUGUGCCUGCCAUUUGAAGUACGAUAUCUUGGCACUUGCGUGGAGGAUAUUGGUAAGCGGGAUUAUAAUGACCUGCGUGACACGGAACAUCAUGCAAAUAGUGCCUCUGAUCUUGCUGAGCUGACAACUUUAGGCGUGGCAGAUAAACGCACACGAAGAAAACUUGCUCUUUAUAUGGCAUUAUUACAUUCGUGUAAUUAUGCAUGUGCAGUUAUCUUGUACAAGAAUCUAUCAAAUUUUGACUACCAAGAGAUCUCUAACCUAUUAAAUGGGACCAUCUUUACACCGGAUGACCAACCUUUGGAAGAGCUGCUCUUAUUGUAUACGAUGGCAUUAAAUCAUCCAGCGUUUACUUAUGAGCAGAAAAGUGUCUUCGGUAACAUCUACAUAAAGCUUCAAGAAGAAGAAGCUCGAUUGAAUCUCUCAAAGUCAAAUUCAGCCUACAAGCAAACACAACAGGGUUGUACACCAUGUAUGAGCACAAAUGAACGAUUAAUGGACACAGAGAUGCAAGGCAGUUGUAUGAUGGCUCCUCCACCAAUGCAAACUUACCAUGGAGAAAUGGCAAUGAGAAAUAAUACCAUGGUAACUGGAGUUCCUCCUGGUCUUUCGAUGCCUCCACCUGGGUUAUGCUUACCAACUCCAGAACAAAUGCCAAUGGGAUCAGGUGGUGCAACACAGUAUCUUCACCUUGGUUUUCCAUCAGUAAAUCAUAUGCCACCAUGGACAGGUCAGGUUAUGAUGGGAAAUCAACUGAUGUAUCAUACUGGCGAUAUGUUGGCUUAUCCACCUUCCCCCUUAGUCAGUCGCCAGUCGUCGCCAUCCCAAUCUCGAUCUCCUAGUCGCAGUAAUUCCCCAAUGGGUCGCAGAAAUAAUACCAUGCCGCGCACCUCUUCACAAGUGACACAGUCUACUUCGAACACCUUAACAACAUCAACGAGUGCCUCUAACAGUCAGACAAGCAUCUCCAGUUCGAAUGCCAAUUCCCUUCCUCCACUUCCCACGUUGGGUACGAGCAGAAGUCAUCCUAGUCAACCUCCACUGCUUCCAUCACGUUCUGUUCCCUUAUCUAUCAGCAGUUCUACUACUUUUUCACGGCAUAAUAGCAUCGAGAAUACCUCUUCUACCUUAAUUCCGGCAGCACCUCAAUCAAAACAACCACCACCACCACGAUUGCGAUCUUCGACUUCUGGUGACUCUUUACGAGAAACGUUAGGAAAGGAAAUGCCAAAUUUCAAAGGCAAUUUGCAGAAUUUUUCUCUCGACGAGAUUCGGAGAAUGAGCGAUGAGGAUUUGAGGGAAAUAGGAUUAACGCCAAAUGCAGUAGGACAACUACGGAGUAUAGUUAAAAGUCAAACCACCAACGGUUUAAAUCAAAUCACUCCUGAUAAAAAGUUGGACAAUACUACUAGCACAACACACCCAGUUGUAGAUCCAAAUGAAAAUGAAGCUAUACCGGGAAUGGAGAUGUUAAACGAUAACGGCAAUCAAAGCAGUAAGUCAAUGCCAUUACAGGAACAGCAUCCGGCAAUGCAUCAUCAUCAUAAUCAUGCAGCUACUUCUAAUUUACGGCGAUAUCCUACUAUGCCACCAUUAGAUCCUGCGCAAAUACAGAUGUAUCCUGCACCACCACCGAUGUAUGCUGCACAAAAUGCGCCCUGUUACGCCUGUCUCACGUUACCCGUUGCUGGGGUACAAAAUCGGUAUUCAAGGUGCAAUGCUCAACACGUAUACUGUUUGACACAAUUACAAGCCUUGAGGUUAGACCCUGAGAGUAGUAGGCAUUGUUCUCAAAGUAGUAGUUCGGACAGUACCGGUAGUAGAUCACCGCCAGAAACACCACCAGCAGCACCGUGGGUGAGUGGAAGCGAGAAUAACGCGCCACCAGUUUCUGAUCACCUUAGUUCCGUGCCGGUACAUUCUACGAGUGCAGUGUCACACGCAACACCUCAGCAACCUAUACAAUCAGGACCGGAAAGGCAACGUACCAGAAGAAAUCAGACGCAUGUUAUACGUCAUAAAAAUCAAAUGGUGAACGGUGGUGGACCACCGAAUCUUUCACAAUGUGUUUCCUUCCCUGCACCGCCGUCGCAUUCGCAGGUCACGUAUCUGCCGCAUGGUCAUUUCUCGGCUUUGAGACCGAGCAGUGGUAUUUAUUCGAACUUCUCGCAUGGACCGUACACAAGGCCGGCUUAUCCAACUACCUACCAACCAAACGGUGAAAUGAUGUACCAGUAUCCUGGACAUCCAUCAUCAGGAGGUACGCCACCACCUCCUCCAAAUGCAGCCGCAACACCAGUACAGGCGCCUUAUAUGCCACCUACUCCAGUUGUUACGUAUGCACCUGCUGCCGUCCCACCAACGAAAAUUUCGUGUUAUAAUUGUGGCAGUAGUAGUCACCUCGCAGUCGAUUGUAAAGAUCAAACUAUGGAGGACCUUACUAAAAAAGCUCAGUAUCGUCUAGACUACAGCAUAAUGAAACAACCUGGAGAGUGCCUAAGUUCUGACAAGUGAUCCCCUGCCACGGACCACUCAGCAGUUUAUCGCCAUCAUCAUUACCGUAAUUACUGUUACCAUCAUUGUCAUUAUCAUUGUCAUUACCACUAUCACGAUUCCGCCACAGCAAUACAAUCUAACAAGGGAACAUAUCGAACCCGCACACACCGAUUUUGAUGAAAUUUUUAUGGGAGAUAGUUCUCAGAAAAACAUUUGAUACACAUUUUUUAUUUAUCGACAAUCGUCCAUAUCGAAGGGGCGAUAACAACCCUCAAACUUGAGAAUUGAAAAUAUAUUUUUUGGAGCAUCUCAAAAAUUAAAGCGUUUAGAGAAAGUGAUAUAUUGAAAAUUUUAACUUUUUAUAUAAUUUUUAUUGUUAAUUAUCCACAUGUAAAUUUGUAGAGGUAUAUGAACUGAAAAGGUUAACGCAUAUAUGAAGUAAAGAGGUUAUGUGUUAUUGUAAUAUUUUUUGCCAUGUAGUGAUAUUAGCAAUGAGAAUAAAAUGAAAAAUUCAAAGUUUCAGUAUAUUAUCUGAAUAAAUGAUUUUUUGAGAAAUAGCUGAUUUAAAAAACAAGGCUACACGCUUUAGUUUUUGAGAUAUGGUAGGAAAUAUGUUUCUAAUCCUGAAGUUUGAGGGCUGUUAUCACCCCUCCAAUAUGAACGAUUUCCGCUAAACGGGAAUAUGUAUGAAAUAUUUUUCUGAGAUCUAUCUUUCGUACAAGUUCCAUCAAAAUCGGCGUGUGCGGGUUCUCGAUAUGUUCUUUUGUAAGGACCGUUCAAAAGAUGACUGCUAUCGCUCCUCGUGCAAGUUUUUGGUGAUUUUUGUAGACAUCCCUUAUAUUCAGGACGACGAUUUUUUAACAGAGGAUGUUUCGCGAUUCACGGUACCAGGUAUACUUUUUACAAGUUCUUAUUUAUGAUAGUAAUUAUUCUUAACUAUGAUUGUAAAAAAGAUUUCGCGUCGUGUACAAAGGAUGAAAAGAAAAAAUGCAAAAAAAGAACGAAGAGAAGCAUUACACAGAAUGCAAUGUUCUUAUCUCUAAGUUUUUAGAAUACAUUUUGAGAGGUUUGUGUUAGGUAUUGAUUCGCGUCUUUCCAACGAUACCUAUGGGCUACUUACCACCCCAUCUCGUCCCGGUUUUUCCCUGUUUCUCUAGUAAACUAGCCAUAAAUGAAAUGCAAAGAAAAAAAAGAAUACAAUGCAAUGUGUUCUAAUUAGGUGAAACUACCACGUUUGACUAUAUUUAUCAUUCAUACUUUUACUUCUACUAGUAUGUCUACUACCACUAUUACUACUAUUACUAUUAAAACUAUUACUAUUACUUCUAUUAUCGCUACACGACGUUUUUAUGUAUAUAUUUUCUCAAUUCUUACAUGCGCAACGCUUGAAUGAGUGCAAAUAAACAAAAAAUGAAAAAAACACGGUGAGAAAGGAAUACAAGUAGAAGAAAGUGAAUAAGAAUGAAUGGAUGUACAUACAUAAUGCGAUAAAGCGAGAAAGACAGAGAGAAAGAGAGUGAGAAUGAAUGAAAGAACAACAAACCAUAAGUGUUCGAUCGUUUAGCUGCCUUUGCGCUCCUGUGUGUAUAAAAUUACAAAAUAUACGCUAACUCAUCACUCGUUUAUUAACUUAUUAAUAGUUAGGUAAUUCUCAUCCUAUUUAUACAGAUAGUCAUGCAAUCACGUGCAACUGAAGCAAUUUUAUACGAUUUUUAUUGAUCGCCCAUCUUUUUUAAGUAUAAGCAAACAAAAAAAAAUGCGUUACAUGCGUUUAGAAUCUUGUUAGCGGAUAAUGGAGGAAAAAAUGAAAAGAAAAGAAAAAAAAAGAA